AAGCGAUGUGUGACUGAACAGGCAUUUUUUUUUCCGCAGAGAGUCUACCCCAGUUUCUUGAAAACUUUCCUCCCUCCAUCUGGGCAGUCCUCUCUCUCUCUCUCUCUCUUAUUUCCAGCAGUUGUCACUUGUUGGCAUUGCUGGGUUGUGAUAAUGUACUGGUAAUAGAAAAGGAAAUUUGAAAAGAAAUCAAUGGUAGAUUGGCUUCAGUGAAGAAUGCUAGUGGUUGGGAUCAUCGACUGUUAGCUUCAUCAGAAAUGGCUGCUGCACUUAGUUCCAAUUUCUAUCGUCCUUCUCUUCUUCUUCUUCUUCUUCUUCCGCUUCUUCUCAGCUGUUUGACCUUCAGCUUUGUGUUUUCAGACGAUGGGGCAACUUUGUUGGAGAUCAAGAAGUCAUUUAGGGAUGUGGACAAUGUGCUGUUUGACUGGACGGAUUUACCCUCUUCCGACUACUGUGCUUGGAGAGGCGUAGCCUGUGACAAUGUCACCUUUACCGUCGUCUCACUGAAUCUCUCAAGUUUGAAUCUUGAUGGGGAAAUAUCACCUGCGAUCGGCGAGCUUAGAAGUCUUCAAUCUAUUGACUUGAGAGAAAAUAGCCUCUCGGGUCAGAUCCCGGACGAAAUUGGUGACUGCUCCUCCUUGAAAUACUUGGACCUGUCAUUUAACGCGUUGUCUGGGGACAUACCAUUUUCAGUUUCGAAGUUGAAAGAGCUAGAGUUCCUGAUUUUAAAAAACAAUCAGCUGAUUGGUCCAAUCCCUUCAACACUGUCUCAAAUUCCAAACUUAAAAAUCUUGGACCUGGCCCAGAAUAGACUGAGUGGGGAAAUACCGAGGCUUAUAUACUGGAACGAAGUUUUGCAGUAUCUAGGGUUGCGAGGAAACAACUUGGUCGGGACACUUUCUCCCGAUAUGUGCCAGCUCACAGGGUUGUGGUACUUUGAUGUAAGAAAUAAUAGUUUGAUUGGUAGCAUUCCUCUGAACGUAGGCAACUGCACCGCUUUCCAAGUCUUAGACUUGUCUUACAACCAGUUGACUGGAGAGAUUCCUUUUAACGUCGGUUUCUUGCAAGUAGCUACAUUAUCUUUGCAAGGUAAUCAACUCUCAGGACAAAUCCCAUCGGUGAUUGGAUUGAUGCAGGCACUUGCUGUGUUAGAUUUAAGCUGCAACAUGCUGAGUGGACCUAUCCCUCCUAUUUUAGGAAAUUUGACUUUCACCGAGAAAUUGUACCUACACAGUAACAAGCUGAAUGGAUCCAUACCCCCAGAGCUCGGAAAUAUGACAAAACUCCACUAUCUGGAACUGAAUAAUAAUCAACUCACUGGGCAUAUUCCACCUGAACUUGGGAAACUCACCGACUUGUUUGACCUUAAUGUUGCUAACAACCACCUUGAUGGACCUAUCCCUGAUAAUUUAAGCUCAUGUACCAAUCUUAAUAGUCUGAAUGUGAAUGGUAACAAGUUGAAUGGAACCAUCCCACCGGCAUUUGAAAGGCUGGAAAGCAUGACCUACUUGAAUCUCUCCUCCAACAAUUUAAGGGGUCCCAUUCCAGUUGAGCUAUCUCGGAUUGGCAAUUUGGAUACUCUGGACAUAUCAAACAACAGGCUUACCGGUUCUAUUCCUUCUUCUCUUGGAGAUUUGGAACAUCUCCUGAAACUGAAUUUAAGCAAGAACAAUUUGGUUGGCUUUAUACCAGCCGAAUUUGGUAAUCUUAGAAGUGUGAUGGACAUAGAUCUGUCAAACAAUCAGCUAUCCGGUCAGAUUCCUCAAGAACUUGGUCAGCUUCAAAACCUCUUAGUGCUGAGAGUAGAAAACAACAAUUUAUCAGGAGAUGUGACGUCACUGAUGAGCUGCAUCAGUCUUACAGUUCUAAAUGUGUCAUAUAACAACCUAGUUGGGAGUAUUCCUACCGGCAAUAACUUCUCACGGUUUUCUCCUGAUAGCUUCAUAGGAAAUCCUGAACUUUGUGGCUAUUGGCUUGGUUCUUGUGAUGCACCUCGUCCAACCGAGCGUGUCACAAUUUCUAAAGCAGCUAUACUGGGGAUUGCUGUAAGUGCGCUGGUGAUUCUUCUCAUGAUCCUAGUAACAGUAAGCAGGCCCACCAAUUCUGUACCUUUUCCGGAAGGAUCACUCAACAAACCAGUCAGUUACUCGUCACCCAAGCUUGUGAUCCUUCACAUGAACAUGGCACUUCAUGUGUACGAGGACAUCAUGAGGAUGACCGAGAACUUGAGCGAGAAGUAUAUAAUUGGUUAUGGUGCAACAAGCACCGUAUACAAGUGUGUCCUCAAAAACUGCAGGCCGGUGGCGAUUAAGAGACUCUACUCCCAGUACCCACAGUGCCUCAAGGAGUUCGAGACGGAGCUUGAGACGGUUGGGAGCAUCAAGCAUCGGAAUCUUGUCAGCCUUCAAGGUUAUUCCUUGUCCCCUUCUGGGAACCUUCUCUUCUACGACUACAUGGAAAAUGGAAGCCUGUGGGAUCUCCUUCAUGGACCUACAAAGAAGAAAAAGCUAGACUGGGACACUCGUCUUCGGAUAGCGCUGGGAGCAGCGCAAGGGCUUUCCUAUCUCCACCAUGAUUGUAGCCCUCGCAUAAUCCACAGGGAUGUGAAGUCAUCCAACAUACUAUUGGACAAGGAAUUCGAGGCUCAUCUUUCGGACUUUGGCAUUGCGAAAAACCUGUGCAUCUCCAAGUCCUAUACUUCUACUCGCGUAUUGGGUACCAUUGGUUACAUUGAUCCCGAAUAUGCCCGUAUUUCCCGUCUCACUGAGAAGUCGGAUGUCUAUAGCUAUGGGAUCGUGCUUCUUGAGUUACUGACCGGAAGAAAAGCAGUGGACGAUGAAUGCAACCUCUAUCAUAUGAUCUUAUCCAAGACAGCCAACAAUGCGGUCAUGGAUACCGUUGAUCCCGAGAUAUCAGCCACGUGUAAGGAUCUGGGGGAAGUAAAAAUGCUAUUUCAGCUUGCACUUCUGUGCACCAAGAGACAGCCAUCUGACAGGCCAACAAUGAACGAAGUUUCACGAAUCCUCAGAAGCCUCGUCCCGUCCGACCCUCCAAAACAACCGGGCAUGGCCCUUCCCGCGCCCCUCCCGUCAGCUAAGGUGACCACCUGCUACAUGGAUGAAUAUGCAAAUUUCAAGACUCCUGACCUGGUGAGCUGCCCCUCCAUGAGCACCUCUGAUGCCCAACUCUUCCUAAAGUUUGGAGAGGUAAUUUCCCAGAACAAUGAGGAUUAGUAAGGGAAUAAAGAAAUUUAAGAGCAUUAAGUAUCUGGGCAAUCUCCUUGUAUAAAAGUGUUGGAUUCAAUUAUUGUUGGUUUGGAAAUGGAAAGAGGGACAGCUCUCUUUAAGUUAGUAGAAGAUUUGAAUGUGAAAAAAUUUAACCCCA